UUGAUCAUUUAUCUGAGUCUGUGCCUCCUCCAGGUGCUGCACUAUCUGGCAAUGCAGAAACCUGCAGACCUCGCUCGGCACCUGCUACCUUGUGUAAUUCAUGCAGCUGUACUCAAGGUAAAGGAAGAAGAAAGUCUGGAAAACAUUUCUUCCGUUAAGAAGAUUAUCAAGCAGAUAAUAUCCCAUUCAAGCAAAGUCCUGCACUUUCCCAAUCCGGAAGACAAGAAACUAGAAGAAAUCAUCCAUCAAAUUACUAAUGUGGAAGCCCUAAUUGCUAGAGCCCGCUCACUGAAAGCCAAGUUUGGAACUGAGAAAUGUGAACAAGAGGAGGAAAAGGAAGAUCUCGAAAGGUAAUUGCUAUUUGACGUGCUCAUUUUU